AUGACGGAAAUCAAAGCUUUGUUCGGGCUUUAUUAUCUUUGUGGAGUUCUCAACAUGAAUCAUGUGACAACCAAAGAACUCUUCGACAAAAACUCAGGCAUAGGCUAUUUUCGUGCUAAAAUAUCGGAAGCCCGAUUUGAAUUCCUGACAAACUGUUUGAGGUUCGAUAAUCGUGCCACCAGAGAAGAGCGUCGUGAGAAUGAUAGACUGGCACCAAUAAGACAAGUAUUUGAUGACAUAGUCAAAGUCUCGAGUGAAUUAUACAGCCCGUCUGAAUACUGUACAUUAGACGAAAUGUUACUGGGGUUCAGAGGAAGAUGCGUCUUCAAAAUGUAUAUUCCCAGUAAGCCUGACAAAUAUGGAAUAAAGAUUGUAAUGUUAUGUGACUCUAAAACUGCUUACAUGAUCAAUGCUUUUGUUUAUUUGGGCAAGGACUCCACUCCAAGAAAUGUUCCAUGUGCAGAGUUUUUCACCAUGAAAUUGACUGAACCAAUCCAUGGAUCCAACCGCAACCUGGCAUGUGACAACUUGUUCACUUCUUUACUAGUGGCAAACCAGUUAUUUCAAAAACAAGUAACUAUCGUAGGAACGCUACGAAAAAAUAAGAGAGAAAUACCACCUCUUUUUCUUGAGCUGCGAAACCGCGAUAAGAACACUGCACAAUUCGCCUUUUCCAAAGAACUCACUCUCUUGUCUUACUGCCAGUAA